AUGAAUUCCGAUGUAGAACCACCGCAGGACAAGACAACAACGAGUCCUCCAUCGUUUUCUUGGAUUCCAAAUGAUAUCAUCAUAAACUGCUUAGCCCGUAUAUCGAGAUCAUACUACCCGAAACUCUCCCUAGUCUCCAAGACCUUCCGGUCUCUCAUCUCAUCCCCUGAGCUCUACCGUGAGAGAUAUCACUUGAAAACACAAGAGAACGUCCUUUAUGUCUGCUUGCAGUUGCCAGAUCGUCGUCUUCCCUCUUGGUACAGCCUCUGGAUAAAACUUGACCAAACCCUAACCAGUGACAUGGACAUGGAGGAGAAGAACAAGUCUAUUGGAGAUGCUUUGUUGGUAGAGAUACCUUCUUCACAUUCUCCUCGUGUACCAUCAAUAUAUAUCGGUAUGGUUGGUUCAAAACACUACGCAGUCCGACAAUACAGUAUUGCCCCCACGUCAUCCCCUGUAUGGGUAUGUAAUGUGGAGGGGACUCAUGCAGCUUGGCGUGAAGCUCCUAGCAUGAAAGUGGCUCGAGAUAGCCCUGUUGCAGGCAUCCUCGAUGGGAAAAUAUACGUAAUGGGUGGUUGCGACGCAGAUGAAUCCACCAACUGGGCUGAGGUUUUGGACACAAAGACUCAAACUUGGGAAUCUUUACCUGACCCUGGCCCUGAGCUACGCUUCUCUUUGAUCAAAACAAUGAAUGUGAUCCAGGGAAAGGUGUACGUUCGGAGUAGCGUGAAGAAGAAUUACGUUUAUGAUCCGAAACAAGGAAGAUGGGACGUUGCAGCAAAAGCACUCGAGGUAGAGUGCAAUUGUGUAGUAGAAAGUGUUUGGUACGCUUGUAUUCAAUAUGGUUCAUUGUGGUAUCUUGACACAAAGCGUCAAGAGUGGAGAAAAGUCAAAGGUUUGGAGGUAUUGAAGAGGACUUAUUGUGGUGGUGGUGGUGGUAUCAUUGCAAUAGCUAACUACGGUGGGAAACUCUUACUCUUAUGGGACAUGUUUGAACAACAGCUUGAUUCUUGUCAAAACAAGGACAUUUGUUGUUCGGUGAUUGCGCUUGAACAACGCAAUGGUUGUGAUGAUCAAGUCUGGGGGAAAGUUGAGUGUUCUCGUAUUGUGCUUACGGUUCCUAGUUCUUACAUUUUCUUGCGCUGUCAAGUGAAACCGGUUUGA